AUGUCUGGCCUCCCGCCCGUGUACAUUGUCUCUGCCGCCAGAACCCCCAUCGGCUCGUUCCUCGGCUCUCUGUCUAGCUUGAGCGCCACGCAGCUGGGCUCUUCCGCCAUCAAAGGUGCCGUCGAGCGUGCCGGCAUCAAGCCCGAGCUUGUCGACGAGGUCUACUUUGGCAAUGUGCUGUCCGCUGGUCUCGGCCAGGCCCCCGCCCGCCAGUGCGCCAUCGGGGCCGGCCUGCCCAACGGCACCGUCGCCACCACGGUCAACAAGGUGUGCGCCUCGGGCCUCAAGGCCAUCAUCCUCGGGGCCCAGAACAUCAUGACGGGCACCUCCUCGGUCGUGGUCGCCGGCGGCACCGAGUCCAUGUCCAACACCCCCCACUACCUGCCCAACCUGCGCACCGGCGCCAAGUACGGCGACCAGACCCUCGUCGACGGCGUCCUCGCCGACGGCCUCACCGACGCCUACAAGAGGGAGCACAUGGGGCUCCAGGGCGAGCUGUGCGCCUCGGACCACGACCUCUCCCGCCAGGCCCAGGACGAGUACGCCAUCCGGUCGUACCAAAAGGCCCAGGCGGCCGCCGAGGCCGGGCUCUUCAGGGAGAUUGUCCCCGUCCAGGUCGCCGGAGGCCGCGGCAAGCCCCCCGUCACCGUCGACCGCGACGACGAGGUCAGGAACCUCAACGUCGACAAGCUCAGGGCCGUGCGCCCGGCCUUCAAGCCCGACGGGUCCAUCACCGCCCCCAACGCCGCCCCCAUCAACGACGGCGCGGCCGCCGUGGUCCUCAUGUCCGAGGCCAAGGUCCAGGAGCUCGGCGUCAAGCCCAUCGCCAGGAUCCUCGGAUGGGGCGACGCCGAGCGCGAGCCCGAGCGCUUCACCGUCGCCCCCGCCCUGGCCAUCCCCAAGGCCAUCAAGCACGCCGGCCUGGCGGCCAAGGACGUCGACUACUACGAGAUCAACGAGGCUUUCUCCGUCGUCGCCCUCGCCAACAUGAAGCUCCUCAACCUCGACGCCGAAAAGGUCAACGUCUACGGCGGCUCCGUCGCCAUCGGCCACCCCCUGGGCUGCUCGGGCGCCCGCAUCGUCACCACCUUGACGUCGGUCCUCGCCGAGAAGGGCGCCAAGAUUGGAUGUGCCGGCAUCUGCAACGGCGGCGGCGGCGCCUCGGCCAUUGUCAUUGAGAACCUGCAAUGA